UUUUGUCGAAUUUUGUAAAUUAUCUGAAACUUAAUUGAAAUUUUAAUAAAUUAACUCAAGAAAAGUGUUUAAAAAGAUUGAACUGAAAACUGUAUUUGUGUGAUUGAAAUUUGUGUGCUAUUUUCAUUUGAAAGGCAAGUUAGUAACAAUUGAAGAUGGCCACCGGUUUUACGGUAUCAAGUGGAAUUAAAACCCAAAAGAAAUUUUCAAAUCAUGAGACAUCAGUGACUACAUCAAUUGAUAAAAGACCUCCAUCAGGUAUUAGAGUUAAAAGGCAGUCAAGUUCAAGCAGUUUAGAAAUAUUAGAAUCAAAAAUAGACAAUACAGUGCCACUAUCUCGAGAAAGUUCAUCAAGUAGUCUAUAUCAUGCAGGUUCUUCAAGAUCAAAAAAAGGCCAAGUACCACCACGACCCGAUUCCAGUAGUAGUUUAGGACGAACAACACCCACAACAACAAAACAAAUAUCUCUACAAACGGUGAAGAGAAUAGCUGACAGUGGUGAUUGUAGUUUACUAGAUCUGGAUAUAAAUAAUGAAGAUAUGGAGAAAAAUUUAAACGAAAGAUUAGAAAAAUUGAGUUUAGGUGGAAGAAGCUCUAGGAACUUUUUAAGAAGUAAUUCAAAAUCAGAACUGAAUCCACCUGAAGAUUUAUUGAAUGGAAAGAAAGAAGCAGUAGAAAAGGAAGAAAGUAGCACAAGCAGUGAGUCAGAGGAUGAAGACGAAGAAGAAAGAAAAGCACCAAAUGAACUUUUUAUGGAAUUUUUAACAUGUGUAAUGGAUAAAGAUUAUACUACAGCACAGAAACUGUGUAAAAUGAUUUUAAUUUAUGAACCAGAAAAUGUUGAAGCAAAAAGUUUUCAGAAGCUGAUAGAUGAAAAGAUUUUAUUAGAUGACAUAUCUGAUGCCAGUGAUGAUGAUGGUGAUGAUAAGGAGUCUGGUAAUGAUUCAGACAGUGACGAUUCAGAUAGUGACGAUUCAAGUUGUGAUGAUUCCAGUGACUCUAGUGAUGAUGAUAGUACCGUUCAUACAACGGAUUCUGGUGUUACAUCGGCAUCCAUUUCAGAUUAAACUCUAGUGAUGAUGAUAGUAACAUUCAAACAACAGAUUCUAGUAUCACAUCGGCAUCCGUUUCAGAUUAAACUCAGUAGUUUAUCAACAUCCUGCAGUGUGUAUACGACAGCCCCAUAAGAAAUGAUGAUUUCCGCAGGUGAAUCCAUGACAUGCUGCUUUUUAUUUCCAUGGUAACCUCUCAACACUAUGUUAUACCAUGCUGCAUGUCAUUUCCAUGGUAACCUCCCAACACUAUGUUAUACUAUGCUGCAUGUCAUUUCCAUGGUAACCUCUCAACACUAUGUUAUACUAUGCUGCGUGUCAUUUCCUUGGUAACCUCUCAACACUAUGUAUGUUAUGCCAUGCUGCGUGUUAUUUCCGUGGUAACCUAUCAACACUAUGUUAUACCAUGCUGCGUGUCAUUUCCAUGGUAACCUCUCAAUACUACGUUAUACCAUGCUGUGUGGUAGUCUGGGAUAUCAUCAUGUGUUUUGGAUUGUUGUGUAAAGAGUGAAGACUAGUCUCCAUGGCAACAGAAUAUUUAUUGUAUUUAAACAUUUGGACAUCUUACUACUACUGUUGUCAUUGUUGUUAUUUUUACAUAACAAAAUGUAUAUGUGCUAGUAAAAAUCGUAAGAACAGAGAACUUGAAUGGAAUUUUUAUGAGAAAUUCCAAAAAUGUAUAUUAGAAAUUGCAAUAACAGUUUUAAAAAAUGAAUAUGAAUCAGUUUAUAUACUUGUACACCCAUAUUAUGAUGUACUUCUUAUAUCAUUUCCGUCCGUUUUAGGUUCUAAAAAAUAGAGAUUUAGCUCCUUUAAUAGAAUUAUUAACCAGUAUUAAAUUAUUAGUUUGAAGUUUGAAUAGAAUUGUUAACCAGUGUUAAUACUUAUUAAUUUAAAAUAGAAUUGUUAACCAGUCUUAAUAAUUAUUAACUUUAUUAUUGUUAACC